AUGCUUUGUGAAGUAUGCACUGGGGUAAUUAGCCAGCACAAAGGAGCAACCAAGAUCACCACCUUCGAAUAUGUAUUCAGUCAUCAUAGGUCUACAAAGACACUUCAAAAAUCAUGGGACAUGCAUUGUUUGAUAUGUACCAAACUGGCCAAGACACUGAGUCUGGAUACAGAUUUCUCCCAAGAUCCGCCUUUAUACAUCCGAGCAAUACUGAAUCCGGAAAGAGUCUACAACCACGCUAACACCCGUAGUCAAAGUCUAAGUGAUGUCACGAAAGCAGCGCAGAAUUGGAUUGAGAGUUGUAAAUGCGCAAGUUUCUGGGAAGAGCCUGGCACAAAAUGGUACCCUCGCCGUCUGCUGGAUUUGCAGGAGUUGCGCACCAGUCCUGAUCCACACCAGACAAAAGUACGCCUGGUUGAGUCCAGGGACUGUAUUCUGGAGCAAGAGAUAUGCAUUGUAUCUGAUUGUCCUCCAGCUAAGCAUCAGAACAAUCGUUAUGUCACACUGAGCCAUUGCUGGGGCAACCCGAAACUUGGUUCACCACCACCGCUAAGCAUGACUUUUGAAAAUGAAGAGCGCUUCAAAACUGAGGGUAUUGUCGUGAACGACCUACCCAAGACAUUCCAAGACGCUGUCGUGUUCGCCGCGGGAUUGGAAAAGGUCGGCUUCAUAUGGAUCGACUCGCUUUGUAUCCGACAACCUAUCAAAGGCGAUGGUGAAAAUGAGGAAGAGCAGUUACAAGACUGGUUUGAACAGAGUCGUCAUAUGGGGAGUGUGUACCAAAGGGCUUUUCUGAACAUCUCUGCAACUGCUGCGUGUGACACGCAAGGAGGCUUGUUUUUCGAUCGCCGCCCAGAACUUCUCCGGGAAAACAAAAUUGACGUGUAUUAUCCGGUAGACUCUCAUUCUGCACUGGAAAACGGUGUCAAUAGAACAGACGCCUACACGAAAUGCUUGUUGAUCGAUACAUCAGCUUGGGACGACCUCGUCGAGAAUGCUCCAGUCAAUCAACGAGCUUGGGUCUUCCAGGAGCGAUUGUUGGCACCACGUGUACUCCACUUUGGAUACAACCAGCUCGCCUGGGAAUGUCACGAGUUCAACAGCACUGAAAGUUACUCCUCCAGUGAGUUAGCGGUCAAUCCAUCUGGUAUCGACGGUUUUGCCGACAGAAGCCAUCUGAAGCAUCUCACAGUCUCUGCGGGGCGCUCAUUGCGUGAAGCCAGACUAGGCAGCUUUCCAGAUCCCGACCAGCAUAUCAAAGACGUAUACAUCUACGAACUGUGGAAGAAAAUAGUGGAAAGCUAUUCCCGAACACAACUUACGAAGCACAAUGACAAGCUCACUGCACUGGGCGGCAUAGCAAAACUUUUUCAAGACAAGCUAUUCAGCCCAGACUACAACCAGACAUAUGUCGCCGGACUAUGGAGUCACCACAUCGAAUGCCAGCUGCUAUGGACUGUAAAAGUAGUCUAUCGCGGCAACAACACAUAUGAUAACCCAGGGCGACGUCACCCGGAAAGUGGACCCUCAUGGUCUUGGGCCUCCAUCACCACUCCACACGGAAUAACCUACAACGGCACCACAGACUACGCCUCACUACAAGACAAAUGCAUCAAAUCCCUCUUCUUCAAGGUCAUAUCCUACACCCUCUCACUCGCCGACCCAAACAACCCCUUUGGCAUGCUAAAAUCCGCCCACAUACUCCUUGCUCCCGACUACCUCCACGCCAUCAAUCUCAUACAGCAUCCCGCCGGCCACGUCGUACCCUACACCUGGCACCUAAAAUCUGAUUCAGCAUCUAAACACCCGAACGAGUUCGUCAACAUCCAUCUCGACGCCCCAACUUCCGACACCGACAUCUUUGGUCCUGACGCCCAGUUGUAUUGCAUGCCAGCUGCGUAUGGCAAUCGUACAGAGUCAAAGGAAGUUCGGGCUUUGUACUGCUUGAUGCUCAAGCAUGAAGGUAGUGUUUUUCUUGAGUCGAGUGAGUUGGGGAAGGGAAAAGUGCAGUAUAGGGCCUUUCGCCGUGUGGGUGUUGCGAAAGUAGGGUGGAUGUACAGGAGAGAGCCAGCGAUAUUGAGGGAGGGGGAAACGCGCGAAGUUAUCUGUAUGUGCUGAGGAGACACUAUGGUCUAUUGUAUAGACAGGUCAAUUUCGCUUUCUACUCUA